AUGCCGGCCGUCGUCGACGACCCGGCCAGCCCCACCAUCUACCGCGUCUCCGGGCAGCCUCCGUUCCCGGACCCCGGUGCAGCACUGCCGGAUAGCAUCGUGCCGCGGCGCGUGACGCUGCGGGACCGGCAGACAGUUGCAACCAUAUUGCCCAUCGUCUCGGUGGAGCGGCAGGUGCCGGAGUCGCUCAUCAAUUACCUUUGCGGGCAGAUCAACCGGGAGAUUGAGGGCGGCGACACGUACCCGAUGAUGGAGCCGUUCACGCCGGCGGGCUUCGCGGCGCACUGGUUCCAAAACUUUGGCGCCGUGAUGCUGCUGGGCGACUUUGGCGGCGACGAGAGCGGCGGCGGCGGUGGCACCGCGAUCCCAGACUCGCACGACUGGGCACGGGACUGCCUCGGCAGCUUCUACAUCAAGCCCAACUACCCGGGCCGCAGCAGCCACGUGUGCAACGGCGGGUUGCUGGUGACGGACGCCUCGCGCAACCGCGGCGUCGGGCGGCUGAUGGGCGAGUCGUACAUUGACUGGGCGCCGCGGCUGGGGUAUACGUACAGCGUCUUCAACCUCGUCUACGAGACCAACGUGGCCUCGUGCCGCAUCUGGGACGCGCUCGGAUUCAAGCGCAUCGGCCGCGUCAAGGGCUGCGGCAACCUGCGCAGCCACCCGGACCGGCUCGUCGACGCCAUCAUCUACGGGCGGGACCUGCCGCCGCCGCGCGACGACGGCGACGAAGGUGGCGGCGGCGAGGAUGGCGCGCUCGUGGUGAGUGAGGAGCGCUUCGACAAGAUCCGCUACUACCUCAAGUUCGGACGGUACCCGGAAGGCGCGGAUCGGGCGGAGAAGAGCCGCCUGCGGUCGGCGGCGACGCACUACAAGCUGCUCGACGACGGCGACACGCUGAUGCUCAAGGACAAGCUGGUGGUGUCAGACCCGGCGAGGCAGUACGACAUUGCGCGCGCGACGCAUAGCGUGCACCACGGCGGCAUCAACAAGACAACGGCCGUCAUCGCGGAGAAGUACCACUGGAGCAGGAUCAAGGAGACGGUCAGCGACGUGAUCCGCCUCUGCAAGGAAUGCAAGGAGCUUGCCAAAGCGCCGGGCAGCAGCAACAACAACAACAGCAACAACAACGCGGCGACCAACGGCGGGCGGGUGGCGGCGACGUCGAAGCCGACGACACCGGUAGCGGGUGUCAAGAGGUCCCGCUCACCGUCUCCGGACGCGACCGACACCGGUUCGACAUCAACCGCAGCAGCAGCGGCGGCGGUAGCCCUCGCACGCUCGCAGUCGGGACCUCCCCGGCACCCGUCAGCGUCGUCCUCCCUCACCGUCGACCACCACGAGCGCGUGCUGGGCCUGCGCGCACAUCACGCCAACAGCACGCUGCUGCUCCCCGAGGCCGUCAACCCGCUCCUCCACCAUGAUCAUCACCCUCAUCUCGGGCCGUACGCCAACCCGAGCGACAUCUCCGUCGUGCGGCCCUCGCAGACGACGCUGCUUCACGGCGGCGGCGAUGGCGCCACCGCCGCUGCCGGCUUCCUGCACAGCCAUCACCAGCACGAGGACGACGUCGAUGCCAACUACCAACCCAUCGACCCGCGAAUCAUGAACCACCACCAUCAACACGACGACCAGGACCACGCGCACGAGGAUGGCAUCCACCACGCGUUUGACGGGUACCACCCGCACGCCGACUUCCAGGCGCUGCUUCACGCGACCGAGGACGACGGCGGGGCUGCCGCCGCCGCGGCUGCCGCGGAGAGCGAGCGCCGCGCGGCGGCCGUGGACCGUGACUUGGAGAUGCUGAUUGCUCACGGCGCGGAGGAUGAGGACGAGGACGUGGUGGGUGUGGGCGUGGGCGUGGUGCUGGAGAAGCUGGAGAAGGACGGUGGAGGGACCGACGGGGAUGCUGGUGAGGAGGGCGCGGCGGCGCCGGGUGUUGGACACGCGGAUGAGGACAUGAAUGACUUGGAUGAUUCGCUAUUGCGGGACACGAGGGGAUGGGGGUGA